AAAUUAAGAGUAUGAGAGAUAAAUGUGGACUAACUGACAGAGUUCAGACUGCAGUGAUGUGUGUGAAGGAGGAAAAUAAGGCUGAAGCAGACUGACUCUGUUCUCUGAAUGGGUGACGUGUUCUAAAGGGUCCUCGGCGCUGUUCCUGCUGGGUGUAAACAGUGUGCUGUUCACUGGCUCUGCAUUAAUCAUGUCUAAAGUAACGUUUAAAAUCACCCUGACGUCCGACCCCCGGCUACCUUACAAAGUAUUAAGUGUCCCUGAAAGCACGCCCUUCACGGCGGUGCUGAAGUUUGCAGCAGAAGAGUUUAAAGUGCCUGCUGCUACCAGCGCCAUUAUCACAAAUGAUGGCAUCGGAAUCAAUCCAGCACAAACAGCAGGAAACGUGUUCCUAAAACAUGGCUCAGAGCUUCGCAUCAUUCCACGAGACAGAGUCGGAGCCGGCUGCUGUCUGACGAGUAUCUGACUGUUCUGGGAUUAUUCUUCACCUCAGAUGACUGACCUGCUCGUGUAUUUAUUGUCUGGCCCUGAGCUGUCAAAACUUGCGCCUUAUAACAUCUGCAACAGCAGCAGCUACAAAUCUCAUCUCCCUGCCUGGACCUCCACACUCGAUGUCCCCCCUCGUCCCCAGUAAUAACUGCUUUCUGGACACUUGGCCUGCAGUAAAUUUCAUUUUUCCCACCACUGUAAACGACUGAAAUCCACCAUUUCUCUCAAGACACCUUGCUAUUUUAGCUGUGUCACAGUGCUUGCCCAGUUUUGUAAUGUUGUGUAUUGUUUUCUUUUUAUACAACAUUCUUCACAUUUUUCCUCUCACAUUCUCUUUAUUUUUGUGCUGCUGCGUAUCUUAAAGUCUUAUGGUUAGAGUUUGUGCCGAUGGCCAAAUUAAAGCACAUUUAUUUUGUAUCGCACCUUGUUUAACAGCUCUUGGGAAGUUUUUUUUUUUUUUUUUUUUAAGUCAAGGUAAAUAUAAAACUUUAACUAUUUUUUCUGGCUUCAUCAGGUAAUCAGGUAGAGUUUUGUUUAAGCUCCACUGUUCUAUUCCUUGAAGGCCAUAAUAGGAUAUAUAAACCAUAAUUCCUCUGGUUUUAACAACAAAGCAAGGCAGCAACUCUCAAAAAAAGGGGAGAGGGGCUUUUAUUUUGCCUAUAGCUGUUUUAGCAUGGUUAACUAUGCAGAAAAUAAUGUAAUCUCACGGUAACUGAAGAAAUUACAAUUACAAUUAUCCCAUUACGCCAUGUCUACCUGUUUAACUGUAUUAAACAAAUAUUACAGUAAAAUAAAUAAAACAAAAUGAAAACUGAUAUCAAACUGUUUACAUGCUCACCAUGUGAAAUUUGCUAAUGAUUUGCUAAAACACACACCUUCCUUUCCCUUAGUAUUAAAUUAUAAUGGCAUAUACACCCA